AUGGGUGUUCCGAAGUUCUUCCGCUGGCUGAGCGAGCGGUAUCCCGCGAUCUCCAUGCUGAUCGCUGAGAGCCGCAUCCCCGAGUUCGAUAGCCUGUACCUCGAUAUGAACGGUAUUAUUCACAACUGCACGCAUAAAGACAGCGACUCCCCGACAUUCCGAAUGACCGAGGAGCAGAUGUUCAUCGCGAUCUUCAACUACAUCGAGCACUUGUUCGGCAAGAUCAAACCAAAGAAGCUCUUUUUUAUGGCGGUGGAUGGUGUGGCCCCACGCGCCAAGAUGAACCAACAACGCGCGCGUCGCUUUAGGACGGCGCUGGACGCCGAGGUGGCCAAGGAGAAAGCCAUCCAACAAGGCCUGGAGAUGCCCAAGGAAGAUGCAUUCGACAGCAACUGCAUUACGCCUGGUACCGAGUUCAUGGCGAAAUUGACGCAACAACUGAAGUAUUUUAUCAACAAGAAGAUCUCGGAAGAUGCCGAUUGGCAGGGGGUUGAGAUUGUGCUCUCGGGCCACGAGGUGCCUGGUGAGGGUGAACACAAGAUCAUGGAAUACAUUCGGCGCGCGAAAGCGCAACCCGAUUACCAUCCAAACGUCCGCCAUUGUCUUUAUGGUCUGGAUGCUGAUCUUAUCAUGCUGGGUCUGCUCAGUCAUGACCCUCACUUCUGUCUCCUCCGAGAGGAGGUGACUUUCGGCCGCCAAGUAUCCAAGAAACCAAAGGAGCUCGAGCACCAGAACUUUUAUCUUUUGCAUCUCAGUAUGGUUCGGGAAUAUCUGGAGCUGGAGUUCCAGGAACUAGAACAAGAAGGCGCCCUCAAUUUCCCAUUUGACAUGGAGCGCGUGAUUGAUGAUUUCAUUCUCAUGGCAUUCUUUGUUGGAAAUGAUUUCUUGCCGAAUUUGCCCAACCUACAUAUCAACGAGGGUGCGCUGGCACUCAUGUUCAAGAUCUACAAGGACGUGUUGCGAAAGAUGGGUGGAUACAUCAAUGAGGAAGGUGUGAUCAAUGUGGGACGACUUGGAAUUCUCGUGGAGGCCCUGAGCGAGGUUGAGCACCGAUUUUUCCAGGCCGAGAACUCCGAUGCACAGUGGAUCAAGGCCAAGCAGAAUGGCAAUGACGGAACGCUGGAGCUGAAGCAGAAGUCGAAAGAGUUGACCAUUACCUCGGCCCAAAAGGACCUUCUCAAGAAAGUGAAGAAUUAUGUCCUAAAUCGGCCUGGCAAGGUAUCCCAGUCCAAGCCACUGGAUUUCCCUCCCACUCUUCCGGCUCGUGAUCGGGCGUUCCUUGAGAGACUCGCGGACGAGCUCCGCGUGCAGUGGUCCACCGUGGACAACGAGACUGGCGAUCGAUUCAUGCGCAUUCAGCUCCCACAGCCGGAAGGCGACGAUGAAGAUGACGAAGAUGACGAAGAUGAGGAAGCAUCUAUGGCCGUCCAGCGCAUUAUUCGCAAGUACGAACGGGCGAAGGUCCAGGAUAUGACAGCCGAGGAGGCGCAAGAAGCCGCUGAGAAGAAGUACGACGCCAAGUUCCAGGAAUGGAAGGACAGUUACUAUCGUUCCAAGUUUGGCUGGGGACUUGAUAACGAAGAGGAGAUGAAGCAGUUGACAGAGAACUACGUCCAAGGUCUGCAGUGGGUCUUGUUCUAUUAUUAUCGUGGUAUUGCUUCGUGGCCCUGGUUCUUCCGGUAUCAUUAUGCACCUAUGAUUUCUGAUGUGAAAAAGGGUCUUGGUGCCGACAUGAACUUCCGACUUGGGCAGCCUUUCCGACCGUACGAUCAGCUGAUGGGUGUCUUGCCGGACCGCAGUAAAAAGAUCGUUCCAACUGCCUAUUGGGAUCUCAUGACCUCCCCCGACUCUCCUAUCAUUGAUUUCUACCCUCGCGAUUUCGAUCUGGACAUGAAUGGAAAAAAGAUGGAGUGGGAAGCCGUGGUCAAAAUUCCUUUCAUCGACGAGACACGGCUUUUGAAUGCCCUCAAAAGCAAGGAGAAAUUCCUCACUCCCGAUGAAAAAGCUCGCAACUCCUUCGGGGCUAGCUUGAAGUUCACUUAUUCGCCUGAUGUGAACUUUGUGUACCCGUCUUCGAUGCCUGGUGUGUUCCCUGACCUUCCCUACUGCCACUGCAUUGAAAAUCUCUUCGACCUUCCCACCAUGGAGGGACUUGAGCCAUACAAUGGCCUGAUGGAAGGUGUACAUCUCGGCGAGGCGGCUCUGGCCGGCUUCCCUAGUGUCAAGACACUGCCCCAUGUCGGCCAGUUGGGUUUCCAUGGAGUUACCGUGUUCCAGCAGGAAAGCCGCAAUGAGAGUCAAGUCAUCACUCUUCUUGACCCAGGAAGCCGAUCCGGCGUUGAGUUGGCCAAGCAGAAACUUGGAAAGCGAGUUCAUGUUGGCUAUCCAUAUUUACAAGAGGCGCUCGUCAUUCGCGUUUCGGACGAGCUGUUUGACUACAUCCUUCCGCCAGGCGAGCAACACGUUGUGCAAAUUCCUCACACUCCUCAGCAAAUCGAGCAAUUCAAGAAGAAAGCGCACAGGAUCGAAAGCCACUACAGCAAGCGUCUUGGUAUGAUCAUUGGAAGUGUGGAGUCUAUGGUUCAUAUUCAGCCUCUAAAGGGCAUGAUCAAGACCGACGCAGGUGCCGUGAUCAAGGACUUUGCCGAUAUUCCUGGCCAAGAGACCGAUUACGCCCUCCAGACUGUUGUCGAUGAUGUUGUUAACCCCGAUGAACGAUUCAUUGAGAAGGAGGCUCUCCCUGUCGAAGAAGAGUUCCCCCUAGAGUCUCGCGCAUUUUUCCUCGGUGACUUCAACUACGGACGGCCCCUCCAGAUCAAAGGGCAUACCGACGGCAAGGUAAACGGGUUGGUCGCAGCAUUGAAAGAUCGCGAACCCGAGUUCGGAAAGGCACGAGUCAGGCAGUCUGAACAAUACUGCCCUUAUAUGCCCUCCUACGCUAUUGCUCGCAACCUCAACCUCAACCCUUUGGUGCUGGCCAAGAUCACGUCUUCCUUUUCCGUUGAUAUCGACAACACGCGAGUGAAUCUGGGCCUGAACCUGAAAUUUGAGGCCCGGAAGCAAAAGGUUCUUGGGUACUCUCGCCGCGGUCAAUCUGGAUGGGAGUUCAGCCAAAAGACAAUUGACCUGUUGCACCAGUACAUGAUCAAUUUCCCCGAAUUUAUCGCUGGCAUUCAGCGUAAUCCUCAACAGGAUCGCUAUUCCCCCACCGAUUUCUAUUCCGAGGACAUCGCCAUCGCUAAGAUGAAGGAUAUCCGAGAAUGGCUGAAGUCUAUUGAGAGCCGGGACUUCGAGAGAGUACCUCUCGAUGCCGAGCAACUGGAUUCCGACAUCGUCCAGUUGAUUGAACAGGAUGCCGACGAACUCGGUGUACCUCAAGUGGAUUUCAAAACGCUUCGCAAGAUUCCUCGUGGCGCUCUGCUUCGUCCCGCCGACGUUGAACAUCGCCUGGGCAAUCAGACGUUCAAGCUUGGAGAUCGGGUUGUGUAUUGCCAGGAUUCGGGUAAAGUGCCCAUCGCGUCCCGUGGUACGGUGGUCGGUCUCACGAGAACAUCUCGUGCUCUUCUGCUUGAUGUCCUGUUCGACACGAGCUUCAUGAGUGGAACUACUCUUGGGGGCCGUUGCUCCCCCUUCCGCGGACAGACAGUGCUUGCAUCAUCUGUUCUGAACCUCUCCUUCCGACAGUUGGUUGUCAGCUCCCGUGCUGCAACCAACCAGCAACCCAGCCAAACACCAAUCCCUCUCACCGUUGGUGGCUAUGGUGCUCCCUUGGGCCCCAAUGGACAAGGCCAGCUGAGAAAUGCGGCCGCUCCUCCACCAUUGAGAGGUUCGUUCAAGGGCGCGGUGUCUGGCCAGAAUGUUCACCGUGGUGGCCGUGUUGCUAUGAACGAUGGCCAGCCUAUGGUGCUUCCGCACCGCCCUCAUCCCAACAACAACGGCCUCCCUCGUGGCCCCCGCGGUAACGGAAACCGUGGCCGAGGUGGACACAGAGGUGGGUAUACCUCAGUCGAUAACAGCGACCCUAGUGAGGGUAUUAUUCAGAAUAACCCGAACUUCCACCCCAGGAACAUGUCUCAGAUGCCUCCACCCCAGGGGAUGGACCGGGGCCGUGGUCGUGGACGAGGACGUGGCAAUGGACACCGUGGUCGCGGCCGAGGUGGUCGGGGUGGUGCUGCACCCGUGACCAACUAG